CGAUACUUCAGCUGCGCUUGAUACCGAACCUCCAUCAUCGAUAUACCAACACGCAACGUGUAGUCUCUCGCCUCCGCCUGCAUAACCCCUCCACAUUAUGGACCCAUCGUCUCGCCUUCCAUUAGAGCUCCUUCAGAAAAUCUUUCGGCACUACCUAUCUGAUCGCAAGAUCCCUGUUCAAUCCUUUGAUCCUUCGGAUGGUGUUUGGAUUAUCGGGCAGGUUAAUAGCACUUGGAGGUGUGCAACCCUCUCGGAUGCAUCUCUCUGGUCGACUAUCAAUGCUGCAUUCACAUACCCUUCUGACUCUACUAUCAAUUCAUCCCAUAGCGAUCUAAACAACAUAAUCCUCAGCAAUGGUAUCAUUGAAUGCCUUGCCUGUGUUCUGUCUCGCUCCAGAGACAUUCCACUUUCCCUGUCUCUCCAUUUCCCCAUUCGGAGCCCGGAAAAUGCGGUGCCCUUGAUAUCGAGAACAUUCUUCUCACUUCUUAUGGAAGCAUCCAACCGAUUCCAAUCCUUAGACCUCGUGGCGCCCACUCCAAUCUGGGAAGACUUUGCUAGAAUCCCGCCCGACCUCAUCUGUUGCUGCCCGAUUCUCAUUGAUCUUUCUAUCAGAUUAGAUCAUCGCACGAUUCAGACCCAUGAUGAUACUCACGUCAUUGAAAAUUCUGUUCAGAUGCCGCAGCUGCGUCGUCUGGCGGUACACGUUCCCUCCUUCCUCGAUCACAUGACUGCACGAAACCUGAAGUCCUUGACAGUGAAGGGCAAAUCUAUCAUGGGACCCCUUGCUGACUUCCUCGAUCGGUCUAAAUGUGCCUUGACAGAUUUUGACGUAUCUUGGCAUGGCACGGUCGAUGAACUCUUCAUCAUCCUCUCUAGUAUGCCAACCCUCGAGUCGCUAACAUGCCGCCGCCGCGACCUUAAUAUGUCAUUUUAUGAGAGGAUGAAGUUACCAUCCACGAUAUUACCCAGGCUACGCUCAUUUUCCCUCCGGAUCAAUGAUUCCUCGACCCGUCUGCUAAAUUUGCUUUACAUGCACCACAGAGUCACCGUAGAUGCCGUUCCCAUUAUUGACAUGGUCGAGUCUAGGUUGGCAGGUGGUGUGUUGGAGAACGUCGACAUCAGCUAUAUGAUGGUGAACGUUCUAAGUGAAGAUUCGCAGAGGAGACUGUCAAACCUUAAUGCGCUACCCCACAUCAACGUUGAGAUCGAGCCAUUCUCCGUUGGUCUCUUACAGUCACGUAUUAAUCGGCGAUUGCACAGUUGAGGGGUUGAAUUUUCGACAGGAGGUUUCUUGCCGCGAUGUGUCUCUCUAUCCGUAUUAUUUCUCGUAGAGCAUAUGAAUGAACUCAAAUAAUUGUAGAAUCGCCUUUGGAAGAGGUUCAAUGUUAGGUCUGCUAUGUUAAGAAGAUACAGUAUUCAUACCAUUUGGAACUCUCAAGGGAAUUCAGGAAGGUUAACUGUCACACCAGAUUUCAUUGCAGGCGAGUGUUCACAAUGAAGGAG